AUGGAUAACUCUAUAACAACAGACGAUUUCUCUUGGUCGCUUGUCGACACUAUCAAGCAAUCGCCACCCAUCGAUGUCACAGCUCCUUACGAUACCAAGUUUCUUGCAGGCAAGACCAUCCUCAUAACCGGCGGGGCAUCCGGCUUCGGUGCCGCCUUCGCUCGCAAGUGGGCCAAACACGGCUCCCAUAUCAUCAUCGGCGAUGUCAACGACUCUACCGGCGAGGAGCUCAUCGCUGAGCUCCGCUCCCUCCCCGGCUCCUCCAAGCAUCACUACUUCCAGCACUGCGACGUGACCAAAUGGGAAGACCAAGUCUCCCUCUUCAAGAUGGCCGCCCGCGCCAGUCCCACCCGCGGGAUCGAUGCCGUCGUAGCCGGCGCCGGUAUCAGCGAGCACGGGGACGUGGCCUCGGGCGCUCCGGGCGUCUUCGAUAACCCUGCCGGUCUCGACUCCGACUCCGACAACAUUCCACCGCCGCCAUUAAACGUCCUCAACGUCAAUCUGACAGGUGUCAUGUACACUACCCACCUCGCUCUCUUCUGGCUUCCCCGCAAUGGCGGCGUCUCUCGCCUUGACCUCCUCGACAGUCCCCAUCCAAGCGAUGACAACAACCAGCCGAUCCCAAUCCGCGACCGUCACCUACUCCUUGUCUCCUCCAUCGCCGGCCUCGCACCCCUUCCCGGUCAAACGGAGUAUACAGCUUCCAAACACGGCGUGCUCGGUCUCUUCCGCGCCUUACGCGCCACUAGCUGGACGAAGGGCAUCCGGUGUAAUGUCUUGUGUCCGUACUUUGUCGAUACACCCAUCGUCCCCUGGCGCGGCAUGGGGCUGUUGGCUGGCGGGCCGAAGGCGGAAAUUGAGGAUGUGGUGGAUGCGGCGACAAGGUUGAUGGCUGAUGAGGGGGUGGUGGGAAGGGGAUUGGUUAUUGGGGGGAGGCAGAGGGUUGUGGGUGGGAGGUUGGUGACGUUGGGAGAUGCUGAGGGUGAGGUUUUGGAGCAAGAAGAGGAAGGAGGAGGUAGGGGCAUUAGGAGUUCGCCUGGGGCAGUGUGGGAGGUGCAUGCGCAUGAUUACGAAAUGGUGGAGGUGUUCGUGUAUAGGUUUGUCAAGAUUUUGAAUAUGGUCAGGACGGUCAGGGGGUGGGUUGGGACGUUGAAGGAUUUGUGGGGGGAUUUAUUUGAGUAG